UUGUGGUUCAACAUAGGGAGUGUUGACACAUUUGAAAGGAAUUUAGAAAAUGUCCAACUUGAAAUGAACAUCGAACCCUCAAAUUUUGUCCCUGUAGUCUACAAAACUGAAAUGGAUGGUUCCAGCUUGGUUAGUCUUUUGCCAACAAUUCUUUUGUUCGGCUUUCUCUUCUGGACCAUGCGAAGGACAUCUGGUCUGAUGGGGGGAGGAGGAGCAAGGCGUGGAGGUGGAAUUUUUGGAAUGGGUGAAACCACUGCCAAGUUAAUUAAUCCAACAGAAAUAGAAGUCAAGUUUCGGGAUGUAGCCGGCUGUGAGGAAGCCAAGAUAGAAAUCAUGGAAUUUGUGAAUUUUCUAAAGAAUCCUCAACAGUACAUUGACCUAGGGGCUAAGAUUCCUAAGGGAGCAAUGCUCACAGGCCCACCUGGAACAGGUAAGACAUUGUUAGCCAAAGCUACAGCAGGAGAGGCUAAUGUUCCCUUCAUCACAGUGUCGGGUUCAGAGUUCCUUGAGAUGUUUGUCGGUGUUGGACCUUCUCGUGUGAGAGACAUGUUUGCUAUGGCAAGGAAGAAUGCCCCGUGUAUUUUAUUUAUUGAUGAGAUUGAUGCUGUUGGACGGAAGCGAGGUGGCCGAAGUCUUGGUGGCCACAGUGAGCAGGAGAACACUCUUAAUCAACUUCUAGUAGAAAUGGAUGGUUUCAAUACCACAACGAAUGUUGUUGUUCUGGCAGCAACCAACCGUAUAGACAUACUUGAUCAGGCCUUACUUCGACCAGGAAGAUUUGAUCGACAGAUCUAUGUCCCUGCUCCAGAUAUCAAGGGCAGAGCAUCCAUUUUCAAAGUUCACUUGAAGAACCUGAAGACACAAAUUGAUAAACUAGAGCUAUCUCGCAAAAUGGCUGCAUUGACACCAGGAUUUACUGGGGCCGAUAUUGCUAACGUGUGUAAUGAAGCUGCCCUGAUUGCUGCUCGAGACUUGAAUGACAACAUCGUAAUGAAGCAUUUUGAACAAGCAAUUGAGAGAGUCGUGGCUGGGAUGGAGAAGAAAACCAAUGUUCUUCAGCCUGAUGAGAAGAAGACAGUUGCCUACCAUGAGGCAGGCCAUGCUGUGGCUGGAUGGUUUUUGGAACAUGCAGAUCCUCUGUUGAAAGUAUCCAUCAUCCCGAGAGGUAAAGGGUUGGGGUAUGCACAGUAUCUUCCCAAGGAGCAGUACCUUUACAGCACCGAACAGUUGUUCGACAGAAUGUGCAUGACCCUUGGGGGUAGAGUUUCAGAGACCUUAUUUUUUGGACGGAUCACAACGGGAGCUCAGGAUGACCUGAAGAAAGUUACCCAAAGUGCCUAUGCUCAGGUUGUUCAGUUUGGAAUGAGCGAGAAAGUGGGAAACUUGUCCUUUGAUUUACCACAGUCUGGUGAACUGGUUCUUGAUAAACCUUACAGUGAAGAAACGGCUCAGAUAAUUGACCAAGAAGUGAGAACAUUAGUGCAGAAGGCUUAUGAAAGUACCAUGCAGCUGUUGACUUCACACAAAUCGGAUAUCGAAAAGGUGGCACAACGAUUGCUUGAAAAGGAAAUUUUAAGUAGAGAAGACAUGAUAGAGUUGCUCGGACAACGGCCGUUUAAAGAAAAGUCUUCCUACGAAGAAUUUGUGGAAGGAACUGGGUCGUUAGAUGAAGAUACUUCAUUACCGAAAGGGUUGGAGGGAUGGAACAAAAGCUUAGAAAAUAAAGAGAAAGAAGAGAAGGGUACAGCAGCGACAUGAUAAACAGUUCGGAUAUGUUUAUUUUCCUACAGAAUGUAUUUACUUAGCUUGCUGUGGCGUGUAUAAAACAGGCUGCAAUUUCUGGUUAGCAGGUGGCCAGUCUUGUUUACUAGUUUUGUAGAAUGAGUCAUUAUGUACAGAAAUAAAUACAACAAAUUUAUCUAUU